AUGGGCUCCCCUCCGACUGCAGCCACCCAAGCAACCCCAGGCAAGAAUGGGCAGCAAAAGCGCCUGCCUGAGCCCAGCCCGGCUGGCAGGUUCAUGAGCAAACAAACGCAAGCACCAAGGGACACGACCCCGACGUCCCCCCUCCCUCGGGCGCGGGGUCCAGCAGCCGAAGGAGGGAAGGGCGGCGGCUGGAGAACAGCCUGGGAAGCACUGAAAUGCCCAGAAACGUGCUGUGACCGGAAACCUCCUGGGCGUGGCGACACUGCGAGAGCCAAGGCUCAGCGGGCGCGGGUACGCCCGUCGCGGGCCCUAGGCGGCCCUGGACCGACCCCUCCCGCGCCGCCGGCCCCGUCCCUUCCCCUGAUGGGCCAGUAAUGAUUCUCCAGGGCCACUGUCUUCCGCGGGAAGGGCGACGCGGCCCUGGGCGCUGACACCAGGCCUCCACCCGGCGGCGCAAAAACCGCUUUCGCCCUCGUCCCCUCCC